AUGCUUAAAGAAAGGUAUGACAACCCACGGAUAGUCUUCGAGGAACGAGUAGAAGAGUUUAUUGCAAUUCCAUUCAUGGCAAAGGAAUACUCAACCGAAAUGAGGCAUUUACAAACUAUGUUAAAGGGCUGCGCAACAGAAUUUCUUCGCCUCAAUGUUACUCAUAUCAACGAUCUACUCACUCAUUUUGCGGUAAAGAAGUGUGCUCCGGAGACGCUGCAAGCUUGGGAGCACUAUUUAGCAUCUAAAACAACGGUACCCUCGUACUCAGAUUUCGAUAAGUUUUUUAGCAACCGCUUGAUCAGUGUAACCAACAUCGAGAGAAGCAGACAAAUAGUACAAAAAACUUGUCCCCAAGAAAACGUGAAGACGAAACAUUCCACGGACCUCAAACCCAAAUCGGUACAGUCAAAACCUCAUUUGCAACGCAAGUCCUACCAUGUUUCCACAUCCACGUCAUCAACUAAAGAAAGGUGUUUCAUACCAGAAUGCAAAGGACCACAUCACAUUAGAUCCUGCCCGGACUUUCUAGCGCGUGAUUGUUUUGCUAAGAAAACAGUCGCCGAUCAACUUCGUCUGUGCAUAAACUGUCUAGGUAACACUCACUUCGUAUCAAAGUGUCCAAAUAAUGCAAACUGCAAAACCUGUGGUAAACGCCAUCAUACUUUACUACAUUUCACCUUCAGCGGUAGUUCAGCAGCGGCUAGACAAGCAGAGCCUGUGUUAACAUAG